AUGUGGAGCGGCCGCAGCUCCUUCACCAGCCUUGUGGUGGGCGUGUUCGUGGUGUACGUGGUGCACACCUGCUGGGUUAUGUACGGCAUCGUCUACACCCGCCCGUGCCCGGGCAACGGUAACUGCAUUCAGCCCUACCUGGCUCAGAGGCCCAAGCUGCAGCUGAGUGUGUACACCACCACACGGUCCAAACUUGGUGCUGAGAACAACGUGGAUCUUGUCUUGAACGUGGAAGACUUUGAUGUGGAGUCCAAAUUUGAAAGGACAGUUAAUGUUUCUGUACCAAAGAAAACAAGGAAUAAUGGGACACUAUAUGCCUAUAUCUUCCUCCAUCAUGCUGGCAUUCUGCCUUGGAACGAUGGGAAGCAGGUGCACCUGGUUAGUCCUCUGACCACGUACAUGGUCCCCAAACCAGAAGAGGUCAAUCUGCUCACUGGAGAAUCUGCUGCACAGAAUAUCGAAGCUGAGAAGAAGCCGAUGAGUGCCCUGGAUGAACCUGUUUCUCACUGGAGACCAAGAUUGACCCUGAAUGUGAUGGUGGAUGACUUUGUCUUUGACGGGUCCUCCCUACCUGCCGAUGUGCAUCGAUACAUGAAGAUGAUCCAGCUUGGGAAGACCGUGCACUACCUCCCCAUCCUGUUCAUUGACCAGCUCAGCAAUCGGGUGAAGGACCUCAUGGUCAUCAACCGCUCCACCACCGAGCUGCCCCUCACCGUGUCCUACGACAAGAUCUCACUGGGGAGGCUCCGCUUUUGGAUCCACAUGCAGGAUGCCGUGUACUCCCUGCAGCAGUUUGGGUUUUCAGAGAAAGAUGCUGACGAAGUGAAAGGAAUUUUUGUUGAUACCAACUUGUAUUUCUUAGCGUUGACCUUCUUUGUCGCAGCAUUUCAUCUUCUGUUUGAUUUCCUGGCAUUUAAAAAUGACAUCAGUUUCUGGAAGAAAAAGAAGAGCAUGAUUGGGAUGUCUACCAAAGCAGUGCUCUGGCGCUGCUUCAGCACUGUGGUCAUCUUCCUGUUCCUGCUGGAUGAGCAGACAAGCCUGCUGGUCCUGAUCCCAGCGGGUGUCGGAGCCGCCAUUGAGCUGUGGAAAGUGAAAAAGGCUCUGAAAAUGACUGUUGUUUGGAGAGGCCUCAGGCCCAUGUUUCAGUUUGGCGCCUACAGUGAGUCUGAGAGGAAAACCGAGGAGUAUGACACUCAGGCCAUGAAGUACCUAUCAUACCUGCUCUACCCUCUGUGCAUCGGGGGCGCCGUCUACUCACUGCUGAACAUAAAGUAUAAGAGUUGGUACUCCUGGUUAAUCAACAGCUUCGUCAAUGGGGUGUACGCCUUUGGCUUCCUCUUCAUGCUGCCCCAGCUCUUUGUGAACUACAAGAUGAAGUCGGUGGCCCACCUGCCCUGGAAGGCUUUCACAUACAAGGCUUUCAACACCUUCAUUGAUGAUGUCUUCGCCUUCAUCAUCACCAUGCCCACCUCCCAUCGCCUGGCCUGUUUCAGGGACGACGUGGUGUUCCUCAUCUACCUGUACCAGCGAUGGCUCUACCCUGUCGAUAGGAGCAGAGUCAACGAAUAUGGGGAAUCCUACGAGGAGCAGAAACCCCACUCACAGUGA